AUGACCCCGGUCAUUGGCAUGACUGAGCUGUUAGAGGAACGCCUGCUCCCGCACCAGCCAGAGGAGCCACAGCAAAGCAGGAGAGAGAGGGGUACCAUGAAGCAGGUGAACGUCUCCGAGGAGAACGGCUUCGGUGAGACCAUGGCCACUGGGCAGCUCGAUCCUGCACCAGGCAGCGGGGGGAAGAAACGACACCGGUUUCGGCUUCCAGAUAACUUCUGGGAGGACGCAAAGAAGCUGCUGGUGCUGGCGGGACCCUUGAUCCUGAUCCAGCUGCUGAUCUUCCUCAUACACCUUGUCAGCUCCAUAUUCUGUGGCCACCUGGGCAAGGUCGAGCUGGCCUCUGUCACGCUGGCCAUCGCUGUUAUAAAUGUUACUGCCAUCUCUGUAGGUUAUGGUUUGUCUUCGGCAUGUGACACCCUGAUAUCACAGACCUAUGGCAGCAAGAACCUGCUGCGUGUAGGGGUGAUCCUGCAGCGUGCCACCCUCAUCCUGCUGCUCUGCUGCUUCCCCUGCUGUGCCAUCCUCAUCAACAUCGAACAGCUCCUGAUCCUCCUGCGCCAGGAUCCCGAGGUCUCCAGGUUAACCCAGCUCUAUGUGAUGGCAUUUGUCCCUGCUCUCCCGGCGGUGUUUCUGUAUAACCUGGAGACAAGAUACCUGCAGAACCAGAUGAUCAUGUGGCCGCUGGUGCUGAGCGGGGUCAUUGGCAACGUCGUCAACGUGAUUGCAAACUGCAUCUUCCUCUAUGUGUUCCACCUGGGCAUCACGGGCUCAGCCUGGGCCAACACCGUGGCUCAAUAUUCACAAGCCAUUUUCUUGUUCCUGUAUAUUAUAGGCAGGAAACUCCAUGUGAAGACCUGGGGAGGCUGGUCCAGUGAGUGCCUGCUGGAGUGGGACAGCUUCACCUCCCUGGCCAUCCCCAGCAUGCUCAUGAUGUGCAUCGAGUGGUGGACCUAUGAAAUCGGGAGCUUCUUGAUAGGCCUGCUGAGUGUCAUAGAGCUCUCUGCCCAGUCCAUCAUCUACGAGGUGUCUGUUGUUGCUUUCAUGAUCCCGCUGGGUCUUGCCACAGCCGCCAGUGUGCAGGUGGGGAACGCGCUUGGUGCCGGUGACAGCGACACGGCCAAGAGAUCCUCCUCCACCAGCCUGAUCUGCACAGGGGUGCUUUGCAUAGCUGUGGGGGCCGUUUUAGCCGCCACGAAGGAUGUGCUGGGAUACAUCUUCACCAGUGACAAGGAGAUAGUUGACUUGGUGGCCUGGGUCAUGCCUGUCUACGUUGUCUUCCACUUGUUUGAAGCCACGUGUGGUGCCUGCAGCGGGGUGCUCAGAGGCAUAGGCAAGCAGAAAUUCGGUGCCAUCCUCAAUGCCGUGGCCUACUAUGGUGUGGGGCUGCCCCUGGGAGCCGUGCUGCUCUUCGUGGCCAGGAUCGGCGUCAUAGGCCUGUGGCUCAGCAUGCUCGUCUGCGUCUCCAUGCUGUGUACCUGCUUCCUAGUCUACAUCUCCCGCAUGGACUGGAGGAAGGCAGCAGAGGAGGCUCAGCACCGUGCAGGAGUGAUCCAGCCACCGACGGAGGAGCCGAACCCAGGCCCUGAACCCUCCUGCAAGGAAAUUCCCUUUGGUGCAGGGCUGGCCCCAGUGCCCCACACUUACCCCCCUGCCAUGGCAGUGCAGGGGUGUGUAGCGGGAGUGGAUGCACAGAACGGUGUCAUACUCAUGGGCAUCACCAGGGUGGAGGGACCAACGUAUCAGCUGGAGCCCCAGCAAUCCAACCCUGCCCCAUCCCCUCCGGCCACCGCCACCAUCACCAAGGCACUGAUCAUCCGGCGCGGGCUGGCAGCGGCCGCAGCCAUUGCAGUGCUUGCACUCGGCAUUGUCAUAAAGCUGACAACCAGCAAACACUGACUCACACCAGGGACUCUGGGGACUUCGCUUUGGAGAGGUGAAAGCCUCUCCUGAGGGAUGGACUUACAAAGCUCAGACUGGCCAGCAAGAGAAUCCAGCACAUGCCUGUCCCCUGGAGCCAAAGGGGCUCUGUCAGCAUUCAGCAGCAUCUGCUCAGCCAUCGCUCAAGGAACAGGCCCUGCAGCUGCUCCAGCACACAAAGCACUGCUCCCAGCUGCCCAAUGCAUCCUGAGUGUGCAGGUAACCUGCUCCAGCUCCAGCCAUCCCCUGCCAAGCAGAGCUGAGCGCAGCCCAGCUCC